AUGACUUCUCUCAUCGGUUCAAUCAAGCGACAUUACUUUCGCUUCUGGGAUUAUAUGUCUGAAGAGGCGAAAGAGAAACACGUACAAGAAUCACCCGUCAUGAUCGAACUCGAGCCCGAUCUCGCCCAAACACCCCAAACUAGUGUUACUGAGAUUAACCAGCCAGCGACGGCUCAGGCCAUUUCACCACAGCAGCAACUCACUGACAUCUCGCCGUGCGAUUUUCCUAUCGUUGAGCAAAAUUUGCGACUUGGGGUUGAACGAUUGACGUUGGGUCCUUCAACAGCUGAGAAGAGGGCUCGGCGAGGACGUGUUGAUGAUGAUGACAUAGACGCUCAACCUGCUGCCAAGCGUCGUAGACUUUCUGAUGGCCGUUCAUUUCAUCUUUUUUACAAUGGUCGCAGAGAUCGACACGUUCAAUAA